CUUGUCAGUGUUCUAUUUAUCGAGUCUCCUUCACCAUGUCUUUACCUCAAGAUGCGUGGUCUCAGAACGAGUCAAGGCACUGGCGCACCAACCCUAACGUCAAUAGGGAUAGGUAUAGCAGAGAUCACGGUCAAAGAGGACGCGGCCGAGGAAGAGGAUGCAGAAGAGGACAAGAACGAGGUGACGAACCCACGACGGAAAGUAGCAGAAGAAUGAAAAUGGAAAAUAUUGCUUCUGUUAGUAGAAGUAGCGGUUUGGAACGGGAUGGUGACGCAUUGAAAGAUUUCAAAGUUCAAGAGGAAUACAGGGUGUUCAUUCAAGAAAAGCUCGACGAUCUCAGGACCCAGUUCCCCUCAGGAAAACCAACCAACUCGUUUGGUCGUCAACGAAGGGUCGAGUUACAGGAAAACAUUCUCAUCCUAUUCCGUAAAUUAAGAGAAGGCAUCAUCUCAUCCCAGCGAUACGAUCAUUUCUCACUCGAAGUUUACGAAACAUCCCUAUACCUCUCCUGCAUCUUCCAUUCCCCAACACAAACCACCUCCAUCAUCGGACACCUCCUUCCGGACUUAUAUGACAAAAUACCCGCGCCGCAUCGAAAUCUCGUACCUUCGAUUUUGAUAUCACUGUUACAUGAACUGGUAGGGGGAUACCCUUCGAACGCGGGAUUUCAACGAACCUUAAAGGCCAUCGGAAGGUUGGAUCAGUCAUCAGAAGCGUAUAGAUGGAUAACGGACCUUAGUGCAAGUCUUCGAACACGGAACUACACCCGAUUCGAAACCCUCACGCGAUACGAAGCAUUCGUUCAGUUACUUUCCGAUGAAGGAACGCAGAUGAAUCUGAAAAGCCAAGCCGUGAUAUCCCUCAUCAACACCCUACGUACGAAAACGCGAGAGACAACAUGGUCGAUAUUGAGAUCUGCCUAUCGUGAGUUGUCUUGUCAUGAGGAAUCGGGGACUAGACCGUGGUUGGUACGGUCGUUGGCGCUGGGAAAUAUAGAUGCAGAGCAGUCGGAUAAAGGAUUGGAUGAAUGGUUGGAGGAGAAAAGCGGAUUGGGGGAUGCCCAUAGGAAGGAAGGUGUACAACAUCGUUGGGUAUUGGUUAGAGUGCGUAGAUGA